GCACGCGUUUCGGCUUUCGGGUGUGAUCCUUCGCGGACGCCAUCCGCGUAAUCGGCGGUCAGUGCGAUUCCAAAGUUUGCGUCAAAAAUACCGGGGCGGGUGGGCGCCACGACGCGACGCCGGGGACUCGCGACGCUCAUUCCGCGAGCCGGCGCCGACGCCGACGCGCCUCGAACGACCGACCGAUCCGACUCCCGCCGACCGAGCAAUCGCGAUAUGAUCGCACCUCGACAUGGGUAAUGUGCAGUGCUGCGCCAACGACCGUCUCCGUGAGGGCAAACCUCCUAAGAAACCGAAGAACAAAAAGAGUAAGAAAAAGCCGAAGGGUAACAGUGAAAAGACUAACGGGGUUGGUGGUUGCAAAGUUGACCAAAGUGUACAAAAAGCAGCAACAGUGGCGGAGGACACUUCCGAGCGGGUUGCGCCGAAGGCGGCGCAGGCGCAGAGUUCACCAGCUUCCGAGGAUUCAGUGAAAAAGUCCCAAGAAUCGAUAAACUUGACACCAUCUAGUGAAACCAAUUCAGACAGCAGUGACAUACCGAAAAACGAAAACAUGACAACAGCGCGGGAACGCUUUUUUGGUCAGGUACGUUCUGAAGAAUCCCUGCUAUCCCCAGAAAAACCCAGAAAGAGUUCACGAUGGAUACCGGAGUUCAAUUUGGAUGGCAACAGCAGUCUAAAGCACAACGGCAGCGCCAAAGACUUGGCCUCCGUGAUGGAGAACCUUAAGAAGAGCAGCCUCGCCUCGCGGCAGAAUCAGAGCCUGAACACGCAGGUCACAAGCUCUUUAAAACAACAAAUGGUGUCUAGCACUACAUCCAGCAGCGCUGUCACGAGCCAAAGGGUCCAAAGCUCGUCGCAGCGCGCUAGUUCUAUGAAGUCGGACCUUACUGAACUGAAAAGCUCAAUUUCGGAAAUGAAAACGCUUAGCAACUCCGCCGCUUUGAACUUCGGACAAAGAUUGAGGAGCUCAAUGGAGAAUAUAGUAGAUCAGGAUGAAAAGAAAGAAAGGCAUAUUCCCGACAUACGCGACCUUAGUGACAUGGGAGAUAUUGGAGACAUGAGUGAUAUGAGUGAUUUGGCCGGGGACGGCCCUUUAGUUACAUUCCCAGAAUCAGAUACACCGCCACCUGACAAACAAUGUAUCUUAGCCCCAAACGCAGCAGCAGUAGGUUCUAAUGCUGCAAACGAGCUGAAAUAUAGUGCUGCACGUAUGACAUCGGCCAGUUCCACGAGAGUCGUAACGGACGGUUACAGUGCAUCAAAAUCGGCCGCAAACAGCACAAGAAUGCGACGAUUGCAACAUGGGGAUAUGCAAUAUGCAGAACACAGCGCUGCUGGGGCGUCUCACAGGUUACUGCAAGCAGAGGGCCUCACUGCUGAACAGAAUGCAGCAUAUCACCAAGAAAAACGGUCGUUACAAGCGGGUGAAGUGACAGCACAAGAAGCGAAUAAUAUGUCUGCCUCUAGCUCUCGAUUGCAAACUGAAGCAUUUAGUGCUGAAAAAAAGGCCAUGGCUUCAUCACAAGCAAGGCAGACUGUCACAUCUAGCGGCAUGUUUAGUCAUAAAGAACACUCUAGCGUUGCACACUCCAAUAUGACUAUUUCAAGCAAAAAUUUAAGUUCAAAAUCAACUUUACUGUCUUCACAGAUGAGUCAACUGUUAAACGGAACCGUGAAACCUGGCGAUGAGGAUCUAUCGAACUUAACAUUCGAAGAUUUAGAUAAGUUAGAUGCAAAUUCAAAUCAAAAGGAUGUCGAGUUAGCAAUACAAAAAUAUUCAUACAGAAUGAAUGCAUUUAUAGCAGCUAUGAAGAGUAACCAAAUAGACAUGAAAAAUGCGUGUGUACAAUUUAACAAAUUAAAUGAAAUGGUACGAAGAGCAUGGGCGGUUCCAACAUACGGUCACGAGUUGGGCUAUUCCUUAUGCAAUACACUACGAACCUCUGGUGGUCUGGAUAUCUUAAUGGCAAACUGCUUGGAAUCAAAUAAUCCAGAUUUACAGUUUUGUUCCGCGAAAUUACUUGAGCAAUGCCUUACGACAGAAAAUAGGGCACACGUUGUGGAAAACGGACUCGAAAAGGUUGUUAAUGUCGCUUGUGUAUGUACAAAACACGCGAAUUCUGUAGACCAUGCAAGGAUAGGUACUGGAAUAUUGGAACACCUGUUUAAACAUAGUGAAGGCACGUGUAGUGAUGUCAUUAAGCUUGGGGGCUUAGACGCAGUUUUAUUCGAAUGCAGAAAAAAUGAUAUUGAAACUCUACGUCACUGUGCAACAGCUCUGGCUAAUCUUUCACUGUACGGUGGAGCCGAAAACCAAGAAGCCAUGAUAAAAAGAAAAGUACCAAUGUGGCUAUUUCCUCUGGCUUUCCACAACGACGAUAAUAUCAAGUAUUAUGCGUGUUUAGCCAUUGCAGUUUUAGUAGCGAAUAAAGAAAUAGAAGCUGCCGUACUGAAAUCUGGUACGUUGGAUUUAGUAGAACCGUUUGUUACCUCGCACAACCCGUCCGAAUUUGCCCGAUCUAAUUUGGCGCAUGCUCAUGGUCAAAGUAAAAACUGGUUACAACGGCUAGUCCCUGUGUUGAGCUCGAAAAGAGAAGAAGCUCGAAACCUGGCAGCAUUCCAUUUCUGUAUGGAGGCUGGGAUAAAGAAACAGCAAGGAAAUACUGAAAUAUUUAGAGAAAUAGGAGCGAUUGAAACCUUGAAAAAAGUAGCUAGUUGCCCAAAUGCAGUAGCAUCAAAGUACGCUGCUCAAGCGUUAAGACUCAUUGGUGAAGAAGUGCCACACAAACUGUCACAACAGGUCCCGCUUUGGUCAAUAGAAGAUGUACGAGAAUGGGUGAAGCAAAUAGGAUUUUCAGAAUAUGCCACAAACUUUUACGAGAGUAGAGUUGAUGGCGAUUUACUAUUACAAAUAACGGAAGAUAAUCUCAAAGAAGACAUAGGAUUACAUAAUGGAAUCAAACGUAAGAGAUUCACAAGAGAACUUCAACAAUUAAAGAAAAUGGCGGACUACAGUUCACGGGACACGGGAAGCCUAAAUGAGUUUUUACAAAGCAUGGGUCCAGAGUACACAAUUUACACGUAUUCAAUGCUAAACGCUGGUGUUGACAAGGAAUCAAUAAGAGGAUUAAGCGACGAACAGCUCGAAGUAGAAUGCCGAAUAGCUAACAGCAUACAUCGGUUGCGGAUUUUAAAUGCUAUACGAGCGUACGACAAUCUGCUCAGCAAAGGCGAUGAAAGUUUGGAAAAGAACUUAGAUGUAUUUGUGAGCUACAGAAGAUCUAAUGGUUCUCAGCUGGCGAGUUUAUUAAAAGUUCACCUUCAAGUACGCGGCUUCACGGUUUUCAUCGACGUGGAGAGAUUAGAAGCAGGGAAGUUCGAUAACAAUCUGCUCAGGAGCAUACGUCAAGCAAAACACUUUUUGCUCGUUCUCACUCCAAACGCUUUAGAAAGAUGCAAGCACGACAACGAGCAAAAGGACUGGGUACAUCGGGAGAUAGUGGCAGCCUUGCAAUCACAGUGCAAUAUCGUCCCAAUAAUCGACAACUUUGAAUGGCCCGAGCCAGAGGAGUUGCCCGAAGACAUGCGCGCCGUAUGCCACUUUAACGGCGUGAGAUGGAUCCAUGACUAUCAGGACGCGUGUGUCGAGAAACUUGAAAGUUUCCUUCGCGGCAAAUCAAAUUUAGCGAAUAGGAUGGAAGGUCCGCUGCGAAGCCGGGGUGAUGUACAAACGCCGGGUACGGCUGCUAUUGGGCGCGGUCCACCCAACUAUCAACGUAUGCACUCCAGCGAGAGCCGGGGCAGCGAUAAAGCAGAUUGACUAGAAACGUUACACACUCUGCCACCUGUCAGACCACGACGAAAUCGACAGUCCUCAAUAGAAAAAGCUUCAGCAAACUCACAAAGUUGUGAACAACUGCCCAGCACUUCUUCGCCUGUGAAAACUUUAUACAGUCUUCCUGAAAGACUAUCUGAAAGUAGUGAUAAUAUAGACUGUAAGCGAAUACAACAGGCCUCAUUUAGGUGUCCCUCAUGCGAUGGUUUGCUUGAUUCGGAUGAACACACACAACUCUCUUUACCAGCACCUUUAGAUGCAACCACGCAAACUAAGAGAAAGAAGAACUUUAUGGACAGAUGUGUUAAUAAAGUGAGACUUUGCUGAUUGGUAUUGAAUAUGGCUGUACGCGAGAAAACCUACUUGUAUGUGACAAAGUGCCUGCAGAGUGUGUACAUUAUAGACUGCAUUGGCUGCACUUACACCGAAAAAAAAACUUGUGAAAAUAUUAAAAGAGCAUAUUACAAUAAUUUUGUUUUGUUUGUUACUAUAUCUUUUUGGUUUUACAUAUUUUUUCUCACUUUUUAUUAUUUUAUUCUAGUCACUUAUUCAACACUCGUCGGAGAUUUCGGUGCAAUAUUUGUAAAUUUUUAUUCUUAUCUGGCAUAGUACAUAUUUUACUGUAAAGAAUAUAUAUGGCUGAGAAAAAUAAUGAUUUUUUUAUGUCAAAGUUUUAGUUACAUUUUUCCAUUUGGAAACGAAAAUAUUUAGUCACAAGUUUUUUUGUGUGUGGAGGGCAAGCCUAUUGGACUUUCUUUUAAUUUUUAAUGCAUAUUUAAGUGAAUCUUAUUUUAAAGUACAAAUGUGUGCACAAUCGUGUAAAUAUUUUGUGUAUGCCGCUAUUUAACAUUGUUUGUGAACAAACAUAUUGGUAAAUAAAUUUUAUGUAAUCUCAAUGAGUGCAUGUGAAAGAUUUUACAAAUAAUGUGACAAGUGAUUGCUACCCCUCGAUGUUUCGAGAACAUUGCGCGCGGUGGCAAUA